AACGGUAACACUAAUUUUAUAUUCAACAAAUUGCGCGAUUUUUGUUGAUGGUUUUUACUUCUUUCAUCUUUACAAAGCUCUUUACAAUAAACCUUCUCGUACCCCUGAACCAUGGAUUUUAAUAGUGGUACCUACGACCAAAAAUACUUCAAUUUUACAGCAGCACAACUUUCAGCAGAACGCGAACACAUUGUACAGGAUAUUAUUAAGAAGGGCAUUGCUCAAAUUAUUGAAAGAAUAAAGACCCCUGCGACAUCUGAUUUAUUGGAGUCCCAACGGGAAACAGUAGAGCAUCGUUUCCAAGCGUCUGCCGCCAAAGGGCUAAAAGUACUAAGAGAAUUGGACAAAAAGGUGUUCCAUGUUCCACCACAUGUCCUUCAUCCUGAGCACAUGUUUUUCGAAAAUCAGUUUACCAGCGAAGAGGAGGAUCAAAAGACAGCUCGGCUGGAGGAGUUAAAGGCGAAAUACCGAGAGAAUGCGGCUAUGCUAGCGCAUUUAAAAAUAGAGGAAGAAAAAUACGCCGCAAUGGAGGAUCUUAUCCAGAAGGAGAUGGAAAUGCAUGACCGCGUCCACAAAAACUGCUCAUCACUAAAUGUUACCAAGAUGAAGGAGUACUGCUCCCAAAUCGCUGGCCAACUAGAAAAGUCAAAUGAAAACUUAAAAAACAAAAAAUAAGAUUAAACAUCUUUAUUUUUUAUUGUAAUUCUCUUUUUAAUUCCUGUUUAAAACCCAAGAAAAUAUAUUUUUGAAAAUGUUAA